AUGAAAAACUGUCUCGGAAGCUGCCCACAUUUGGCACCACCCGAGUACCAACAAGAACCGCCGGUGGAGCAUCCACCAGGAGAGCAUCCAUCUGCAGAGCAUCCACCUGCAGAGCAAGCACCGCCAGAGCAGGCACCGCCAGAGCAGGCACCGCCAGAGCAAGCACCGGCCAUGGAGCAACCACCACCGGCCAUGGAGCAACCACCACCGGCCAUGGAGCAACCGCCACCGGCCAUGGAGCAACCGCCACCGGCCAUGGAGCAACCGCCACCGGCCAUGGAGCAACCGCCACCGGCCAUGGAGCAACCGCCACCGGCCAUGGAGCAACCACCACAGCCCACGCAGCAACCACCGGUGCAGGAACUACCGGUGGUCGAUGAGGUGGGAUGGGUUUUGUGA